AUGAUCUGGCAUGUCUAAAAUGAAAACUUAAUUGUCAAUUCCAACAUUUUUAUGAAAGUGUUUCAUUUGCUUCUCUUCAAUGGAAGUUUUACUUUCCCAGAAUGUAUCCAAAUUUUUUGGCUGAUUCUUCUUCUGAUGAACUAUUUAACCUUUGAUAAAAAAGAUGCACAUUGGUUAUAUUUCAUUUCUUCCACAAGUUUGGUGAUGAGCAUAACCACCUUAUUGUUCCGGUGGAGAGAAGAACCUAUGAUUAGCUUUUUAGGAAAUUUACGAACGAAUAGUUUCAACAAAAUCUUUCAAUUCCUUAUUUUACAUUGUUCAAUUCUAUGUAUUCAUGCAUCUGCAUAGUACAUUAAAUGUACAAAAAUGGCUAUAAUAGAGUUUUUGUUAUUUGUAUUAACAACUACUUUAGGUUGAAUGUCUUUUUGUGGUGUUAACGAUUUAAUAACUAUCUUUGUAGCUUUAGAAUGUUUCAGUUUAUGCUCCUAUCUAUUAUUUGGAUAUAUGAAGAGAGAUGUACACUCUAGUGAGGCUGCUACGAAAUAAUUACUCAUGGGUAGGGCAAGCUCUUCUCUGGUUUAUGGUUUCAAUUGACUAUAUGGUUCAUCCAAGGGAGACAUCGAGCUUCAAUAAGUAGUGAAUGGUCUUAUCAAUACACAAUUGUGUAACUCCCUAGGAAUUUUAAUUGCGCUUAUAUCCACCACCAUAGAAAGUUUCAAGCUCUCGCCACCUCCUUUUCAUUAAUGGACUUUUGGCGUAUACGAAGGACCAUUGCUUUCCUCUAUUACUUUAAAAGCAGCUGCUUCAACUUCAGCCACUCGAAUUUUCGAUAUUUAUUUAUAUUUCUCAUCGAAUGAAUGGCAUCUUCUCCUGGAAAUCCUAGAUAUUCUUAGCAUGAUAUUAGAGAAUCUUAUUGGUAUUACUCAAACAAGCAUGACACAUAUGCUUGCAUAUUCAUCUAUAGGUCAAAUCGGAUAUUUAAUUAUUGGAAUAAUUGUCGGAGACUCAAAUGAUAGAUAUGCAAGCAUGAUAACUUAUAUGUUGUUCUAUAUCUCCAUGAAUCUAGGAACUUUUGCUUGCAUUGUAUUAUUUUGUCUACAUACUGGAAUUGAUAACAUUUGGGAUUAUGCAGGAUUAUACACAAAAAAUCCUUUUGUGACUCUCUCUUCAGCCCUAUGUCUCCUAUCCCUAAGGGGUAUUCCUCUAUUAGUAGGUUUUCUUGAAAAACUCGAUCUAUUCUGGUGUGGAUGGCUGACAUGCCUGUAUUUCUUCGCUUCAAUAGGACUCCUUACAAGCAUUGUUUCUAUCUACUAUUAUCUAAAAAUAAUCAAGUUAUUAAUGAAUGGAUGAAACAAAGAAAUAACCCCUCAUUUGCAAAAUUAUAGAUGAUCUCCUUUAAGUUCAAACAAUUCCAUCAAAUUGAGUAUGAUUGUGUAUGUAUUAGCAUCUACUAUACCAGGAAUAUCAAUGAACCCAAUUAUUGCAACAGCUGAGGACACCCUCUUUUAG